AAGUUAGUUUAAUGCGAGAUUUCAAGCGCUUAAGUUUAUCCGUUUUUCGGCCGUAACAAAAUUAAGUUAUAUUUUGUAUAAAACAAAUAAAUAUAAUUUUAAAUAUGUUUACCAAAAUAUAUAAAUAAAUAAAUAAAAUAAGUUUUACUCUGAUCUACUCUGAGAGUUUUGAUACUAAAACAGUAAAAACCAAGAAUAUUGCAGUAAAAGUAAAUAUUGCGAAUUUAGGAGAACCUCUGCCAACUAAAAAUAAUAAGUUUUAUUUAAUUAACAAAAGAAAAUAAUGCAUUCUUGCUUAAAAAUGUACGACGGUAGCAUAAAUUAAAACAUACUGAGCAAUGCACGAUUUCAAAGCUAAUCAAUAAAAUUUGCGAAACCUGCAGGCUAAUAACCUUUACCGGUGAUUAAAAGGUAUAUGAAAAAUACUAAAUAUUGGAAGUCCAAUAUAUAAUUCCUCACUCAAUUAAAUUAACACAGUUAAGCAUUUUCUUAUAAAAAGGUAGUAUACAACUUAAAUAUGUGUGAAAAAAAAGGAAAGCAAAAAUAAAUUUCGUUCAUUGAUUUUCGUAUUCAAAUUGCAAAAACGUGCAAACUGGGUAAUAAAAAUUAAUUUAUGUUUUCUUUUGCGUGGCAAAUGCUAAAAAAAUUGUGCUGCAAAAAUUUAAUCUAAGCUGUGAACUGAGUUCAACUGUUUAAUUUUUUUCCGUUGACGGUAAUAAAAAAAAUCAUUUCGAGAAUUUUAAAUCGGGAAGCAUAAAGGACGUAAAAGAUUCAAGUCCAGACGCUGAACCCAAUUUCCGAGGGUUUUCAAUAAUAAAUCUGCCGAUAUUGCUGCAAUUGCCAAACUUGGUUUUCAGUAAAGUUGUCAUUGAGCGGUAGCGAUUUCCAUUCACAGUAACGUGCCGGUCUUGAUCAUCACUUAAGUCUUAAGAAGUACGUCCAAUUGACGCCGCCGGCCCAUAAACUGCACCAGACAGUAAUUUUUUCGGGAAGCAAUGGUGACUCAUGGAGUACGAGUGGAUUGCUGCUUCAAAUCUUUUCAUCUACAUUCUCCAUACGAGACUGCAAGCCCUAAGAAACCAACACUCACGCCAAACAAAAAUGUGUAACAGCAGACGAAACAGCCGUCUCAGGUUCAAUAGCCUUGCCAUUUUAAUUUGCUUGAUGUGCAGUGGCCUUGUCUCCACAAAUGCCGCUUUGAACUACUACCACAUACUGCCAAUGGUAACCGUAGGAAAUGGAGGAGACCAUUCGUCAGUGUUAAGACUAAAGCGCGAUCUCUCCGCCAAACAGAUACUACAGGAGCAAACAAAAGAGAUCAGCUCUACAGUGGAGCUGGUACCACCCGUGGUCGACCAUCCUCAAGGUCAGUGUUUGCUGGACGGUGUGCUUGUGAUGGAAACGAAUGUAACAUGCGAAAAGCAAGUGGGCUGUCGAGCCAUACAGAAGACAGGACAGUGUUGUCCUGAUUACAAAUGCGAUUGUCAAAAAGAUGGUAGAAUUUAUUUGAAUGGUGAUAAAUUAGUAGAUCCGGAAACACCAUGUACGGUGUGCUAUUGUCAAGGUGGUGAAAUACUAUGCAGUUCUGUGACCUGUUUUCAUCGUGAUGAUUGCAAGCCAAAGUACAUACCCGGCCGCUGCUGUCCGGAAUAUGACAAUUGUCCUGUUUCCAUUUUCGAUCCAAGUCAUAACGGAAACCAAUCGCACAAUCCAUCAUACGAAACUAAAGAAACAGUACCUCAAAAUCCGAAAAUCACUAUUAAAGAGAUCACCAAACCGAUUGAGAUACGCAUUACCGAUGAUAACAAAGCAAUACCAAUUCACCAAAUUUUCAAACCUCAAACUACAGCAAUUACUAGAGUAACAACGACAGAAUCAACAGCAAUAACUGAUGACAGCGCUGUAACGCAACUGACUACUUCAACGCCGACGGCAAGUGUACCCGCCUUAUCAUCAAAUACACCAAUAAUAACAAUUGACUUGGAAGACAGUAUCAACAAUGAAAAUUCAUCAACGGUAAUUAUAACCGAUUCCAAUGUCAAAAACGACAGCAACUCAAGCUUUGGCAUAGACAACAACCGCCAAAGUAUAAUUCCACUGAACGGGGGCAUUAAUACCGGCGAGAGCUUAAAGCUUAGCGCUUCGGUCGCUUACCCAAGUACAGAGCACAAUUCUGUUAAGAUAGAUAUACCACAAAAUGAUGCAAGCGCUGAAAAUAGUAAAAACGAUAGUGGUGCAGUUUCAGAGGUAAUGAUACGGCUUGAUGAAGACAAUAGUGCGGUUCCCGAAUUCGGAGCACAAGAACUACAACACGAUGCAUUUUUUAAUGAUUCAACGAAAAUAAAUAUCAAGCGUGAAAAUUUACCAACAACAGAACGAUCAACAUCAGCAGAGCCCAUAGAUGAAUAUGCUUCCCUAGAGUUUUCGGUCGGUAACGGUGGUGGACAAAGCGGUGGUUUGCAGUCACAGGGUAGUUUUGAUUUGGAACCAGAAACAGCGGGCAGUGAUAAUGUUUAUCACAUUAUCUUAACCACAUCUGGACCACGCAUAGAUGGAAGCACUGACGGUUUUGUCAGUUUUAAGACAAAGGAAGAUUUUCAACGCCCAUCCUUUAAGAUACAAGCUUCAAGUUCAAAUCCUCAAGUCGCCGUAGUACUACCCCCACCACAACUUUCAAAUUUCACUAAUUCACCAAUGAAUAUGAAAAGUACGACCCAAGUAUUAGCUACUGAUUCGAAUUCUUCCUCACAUAACAUAUUCACAAGCACAGAGGAGGCCGUAUUAUCUUCUAUAUAUACAGAAUCUCCAAAACAAUCUGCGGAAAACGGUCAUCAUGUAGAAGAGGAAGAACCUGCUUUACCAGUAGAAUCAAAUCCCGCAUAUCCUUCACUACCCGAAGAUGAUUUUAGUUUGAGAGAUGUAAAUUUUCCGAUAAAUGAAGCCGAUGAUGCAGUGGAGGCAGACGUUAAAGAAGAACAGCGUAGUAUCCCAUUUGUUGUGUUUAGGUCACACAAACACGUGGAAGAAGGUAGUGGUAAUGGUGUUGAAUUUAUGGAAGUUUCAUCUACGGCAACUUAUGAAGCAUGCGUAGACUGUGCUACUGAAAACUUAUCAAAACUUUCAGCCAAGGUGGCUCUUCUUAUGAAUUCAGCUGAAGACCUAUCUGCUGAAACAUCUAUUUCUAAUAAUAGCGACUUUAUAUCUGAUCGUUUCUCACGUCUCGCAAUCAAUGCAACAAACUCUGAUUCCAACGAAUCAAUUGAAAUGCAAUUGUCUAGUGAAUUGGGUAGCGGUGAUUCAAGGGAAGUCGAGAAGAAGCUUGAAAAAAGACGUGAAUCAACUACACCUCGCCCAAGACCAAGCUCAGCAAUGGAUAUAGAUAUUGAUGAGCUGAGUGGAAACCCUUCCGGUGAUGGCAAAAGUGAUCCCAGAGAUGAUCCCAAGCUUGAUGCAGAGAGUAUAAAGGCAGACGAGGAUUUAGAGGAUGGCAUAGUAAAACAGGAGACGGGUUUAAAAGAAGAUGUGUUAACAGUAAAUGCUAAACCAAAAGAAGAGCGAGCAGUCGAGGAAUCUGAAACUGGCAGAAUACAACAAUUGAUACAGGAUCGUCUAAAUUAAUUAAGCUUAUUAAAGUAAUAGUUAAAAAAAAGGAAAAAAUAUUAUAUAGAUAAAUAUAAGAAUAAGAGAGAGGAAAUAUGUAUGUACAUAAGUAUGUUAAAAUUAAAUAUUUUCAAAAAAUAUUAUAGAGAUUCAUUAGUACUUUAUACUUGAACAGAUGUCGAAGAAGAACUGAAUUAUGCGUCAUUUGUUAAAACUUUCAAUUUCAGUAGAGUGUGUAUCAAUAAUGAUAAUUUCAUUUAUUGUUUACAAUUGAACAAGUUUUCUACAAAUGAUCAAGUGUCUCCAUGACUGCAUGAUGAAAUCUUGGUUUUAAGUCUUAGCAAAGUUUGAGACACCCAUUUUUAUUUAUUUUAAUUUAUUAAUUAGUAUAUUUAAGCCUCAAACGUAAAUUCUAUCCAUUCUAUGAUGGCCUUAUGGUAUUGUUCUCUCAGAUAUAAAUCUGAUAAUAUCAUGCAGAAGCUUUGCUCUCCAUUUUUUUAAUUUCAUUCACAUUAAUAAGUACACAAUUCAAAAAAUAUGUACAUAUAAUAGAUAUAUUAGGUAUAUUAUACUAUCCAUUUUAUGUUCACCAACAGAUGUGAGCAAUUCAAAAAGAUAAAAAAUAAUGUUUUAGUGUCAGAUAGUUAUUAUGCUCAAGUUUGGAGAAAUAUAUGUGAACAAAGUUUUUUGAUAUUUCCUGUAAAAAAAUUUUCAUCAGUCUUCUUAAAAUAAUAAAAUAAAUUUUUAAACAAUUAAAGCAAGGAUUUGUUCGCUAUCAUAAGUCAUCAAAGCAUUUGUGACCAUUUAAGUUACUGUUAUAUUGCAAAAUGCUCUUUAUAAAAAGUUUUAACUAAUUUUUUAUUUAUAUAUUUCUCUUGUUUUACGACCUGUUGAAAAUAUUAAUCCGAAUGUAUGUAUGAUAAAUAUAAGAAUAAGAGAGAGCUCUAAGCACCAUUGUAUCCCAAAUCUUCACCCGUAUGUACUAAAAAAGCACAAUGAUUACGUGAUUUGUGUGAAGUGUUUUUAGGUAAUCUUAUUUCACACUAAAGCAUAUUAUUAUUGAAUGAAGCAGAAUCUUGAGGUAGAUGAGUUAAAGUGAAUAGAAACUAUAAUAUUUAACAACAAAUUUUGAAACAUUUAUCUUAAAAUAUAUGUACAUGUAUGUACACUUUAAAUUUAGAGCGUAGUUUUAAGGCUAUCAAAACCAUAUCCAAUACGCAGAACGAAUGAUCAAUACAACGAAAAUGCAAUAAAAGCUGGGCUCUUAAAUGCAAUAUCUCAGAUUUAUUAGGAAAAUAAACAAAUAGUUAAAAGUGAGAAAUUUAAAUAUAUUGUUUGCGUUAGAAUAAAUCGAAAUCUAAACAUGAAAAUUAGAGUUGACAGUAAUUUAGUAAGAAAAUUAUAAAAAAUCACGAUUCAGUAAUAAAAAGCCGUAAAAUUAUAGCACGUAAUUUAUUUUGAAUAGCUAACCAAUAUUAUUGCCUUGGCAAACCUAAAACCCAAUUCAAAGUGGUAUUAGUUCCUGCACUUAUUAAAUAGUUAAAGUGAAAAAAAUUAUAAUAUUAGCAGUAUAAACAAAUAGUUGAUAUUUUAGGGUUUAAGUAUCCACAAAUCAAGUAAGAAAAUUGUUUGUGUACAAAUGUUCAUACAUAUAGAACGUUUUUUAAAAUAACUUCAAUAUAUGAAAUAGGAAGUUAUAUGACGUACAUAUAUAUGUAUGUACAAAAAUAUGUAUUAUGUGGUUGCGAACUGUAAUUUUCAGGGUGAAAUUCCCAGAAGACAAUGAGACCAUCUAACAUAGGUAAUUGUUAUUACUUUUCCGUGUAGUAAUAAUUGUUGCUAUCAAUUACAUACAUAUGCAUAUAUUUAAGUCACUGAACGUACAUACAUAUCUACAUAUAUUCUUUGAAAUUAAUAAGGAAUAACCAUUUUGAAUUAAAGAAACUUUUUUAUUUGUAGUCCCUUUAAAUAUAAAAGGCUUUUAUGAUAGACUGAAAUCUAUUUAAUCCUAUCAAUUUGUUUUAAAGUACUUUAACAUCUACAUAAAUAAGGUUUGCUUAAAAUUAUUAUUUGGCAGUUUAUAAUAGUUUCAAAUAUUUGCAUGUAAAAUAUUUUUAUUUCUUUUAUUUUCUUACAUAAAAUACGACAAAAUUAUGGAAAAUAAAGAAUUAUUUAUUAAAUUAAUAUUUACAUAAUUUAGAUAAACUUAAAUUACAUGCAUAAAUGUUACACCCUCAAACAAUUCGAGCUUCGUAAAAGAUAUACAUACAUAUUUAUAUAUAUGUAUAUUAUAUGCUUUGAAAUUAUAUAUGGAAUACAUACAUAUGUAUAUGUAUAUAUCUAUCUAUGUUUAAAUUUGUUAGCUUGAAUUAUAUAUAAACAUUUUUCAUACCCAUAUGUAAAAAAUUAGCUAAAAAUGAAUAAAGUUUGAACUAAAAUAUAAUAAUA